CCGUCGAAGACAGACAUCUCAGGUGUGGUAGCUCCAGGACCUGCAGAGUUCAUGUCAUUUCUUUAUGCUCCAAUUCCAAUCCAUCACAACUUCGCAACCAACCAACCUUACAAAAUCCAAAAUCCAUCAACCUAAAAUGAUGUGCCCAUGCCCCCAACAACUCUUCACAAAUUCCAACUCCCACCGGAUCUACUGCACCACGCAAUCCUCCCACGACGGCGGCAAUAAUCACUUCCGGACGCCUGCCGACCAAUUCAGGCGGCUGCAAUCAGUAUUCCGCCGCCGCCUCCUAACCGGAAUCGCCGCCGCUUCCGCAUUGGCCAUCGGCGCCAAUUUCGGCGGCGUCACGAGCUUUGUCCUCGGCUUCUCGCCGGAGGCCGCCCGGAGUCUCAAGCUCGACGCAGUCUACCCGGUUGCCGGCUACAGCCGAUACAUUGACGCUAACCAAGGAUUCGAAUUCGUGUACCCGGAGACUUGGUUGGGGGACCAAACGCUGUUGUACAGAGCGGCGGGGAGGGCGGAGAGGUCGCUGGAUCCUCCACCUCUUUCCGACGGCGGACGGCGGAGGAAGGCCGUCAAUGAACCGGCGGUGGCGUUUGGGCCGCCGGGAUCCACCGGAGAGUUGAACGUCAGUGUAAUAGUGUCGCCGGUUCCCAUCGAUUUCUCGAUUGAGGCGUUUGGUGGGGCCGAGGAGGUGGGAGCGAAUGUGGUCCGCACGAUCGCUGGAAAACGGACGGACGUGAUGGGAAGAUUGAUAGGGUCGAGUAUGCGGGUGGAUGCGAAGGCGAGGUAUUACGAGAUAGAGUUUGGAGUCGAGGGCCGGGACUUCCUGAGGCAUAACGUGGCGGUGUGCUGCGCCAGACAAGGAAGAUUGUUCACAUUGAAUGUACAGGCGCCAGAGUCAGCUUGGCCACAAUAUCAGACACAAUUGUACACAAUUGCUCACUCUUUUACUUUACUCUAAUUCUGAUUACUAAUCAAUACAGUGGCUAUAUAAAAUUUUGAAGUAAUAAUUU